UCGGGGCCGCUGCCGCCGCGGAAACCUGGGUUCUGGUUUUCCGAGUGGAUUGUGACCAUGGCUGCGGAGUCUGAUGUCCUGCACUUCCAGUUUGAACAGCAAGGAGAUGUAGUCUUGCAGAAAAUGAAUCUCUUGAGACAGCAGAAUUUAUUUUGUGAUGUGUCAAUUUAUAUUAAUGACACCGAGUUCCAGGGGCACAAGGUGAUACUAGCUGCUUGCUCCACCUUCAUGAGAGAUCAGUUUUUACUUACGCAGUCAAAACAUGUCAGAAUCACCAUCUUGCAGAGUGCAGAAGUUGGCAGAAAAUUGUUACUCUCUUGCUAUACUGGAGCACUUGAAGUUAAAAGGAAAGAGCUUUUGAAAUACUUGACUGCUGCUAGUUACCUUCAGAUGGUUCACAUUGUGGAAAAGUGUACAGAAGCUUUGUCAGGAUACCUGGAAAUUGAUCUUUCUAUGAAAAACAACAAUCAACAUACCGACCUGUGUCAGUCCUCCAACCCAGAUGUUAAGAAUGAAGAAGAAAAUACAGAUAAAGACUGUGAGAUAAUCGAAAUUUCAGAAGAUAGUCCUGUAAACAUAGAUUUCCACGUUAAAGAAGAGGAAAGCAAUGCUUUGCAGUCUACAGUAGAGAGCUUGACAUCAGAGAGACAGGAAAUGAAGUCACCAGAGCUUUCUUCCGUCGAUAUAGGUUUUAAAGACAAUGAAAUUUGUAUCCUCCAUGUGGAAUCUAUCAGUACUGCUGGCGUAGAAAAUGGGCAGUUUUCACAGCCUUGUACCUCUUCAAAAGCAAGCAUGUAUUUUUCUGAAACACAGCAUUCACUCAUCAAUUCUACGGUUGAGAGCAGAGUGGCAGAAGUUCCUGGGAAUCAAGAUCAGGGCUCAUUUUGUGGGAAUGCUGAAGGAAGUCAUGGUACAGCUAAUGAGAUUCAGAAUCUGGAGGAUGUUUAUUCACUUAGACACCAGUGCCCCAGGUGUCCACGAGGAUUUCUUCAUGUUGAAAACUAUUUGCGCCACCUAAAGAUGCAUAAACUGUUCUUGUGCUUACAGUGUGGGAAAACAUUUACACAGAAGAAAAAUCUCAACCGGCACAUUCGAGGGCACAUGGGCAUACGGCCCUUUCAGUGUACUGUGUGCUUGAAGACAUUCACUGCUAAAAGCACGCUGCAGGACCACUUGAACAUACACAGUGGGGAUCGGCCAUACAAAUGCCAGUGUUGUGACAUGGAUUUCAAGCACAAAUCUGCUCUCAAAAAGCAUGUAACCUCUGUCCAUGGCCGGAGCAGUGGUGAAAAAAUACCCAUUCAUGAUCUCAAAAGGCAAAAUCUAUUAUAAUUAGAAUCUCACCUUGCUGUGGAAGCCAGAUGUUAUUCUGUUAGGGAAGUCUUUCUAUAGAAAUGCACCACUCGUGAUAUUGCAUUUCCUCCUUAUCUUUGGGUCUUAUUUUUGGUCUGCCUACACAUUAUUCUUUCUGAACUUAGAUACUAUGAGUUCCAAAGUGUGGGAGACGUGAUAAAGCUGAUGGAGUGCUCUCUCAUGUCGUGUAUUAUAUAAGUCCCAGUGGUAUACCUACAGAGAUACUGUUCCCUUAAAUAUUUUUGAUUCCAAUGACAGAGGUUCCAACAGUGUUUCCAUAUUCGGAUUUUAACUCUAGAUAAUUGAUGGAAGUGUAAAAUAAUCUAACCAUGUAAUAACUUUAAUUAAUUAGGAUAAUGGGAAAAGAAAAUCAAUUUUAAAACACCCUAUUAUCCAUUAUUAAUCAUCACUUUAAGAACAGAUAGGACAGGUAAAUUUUUUAACCAACUGGUUUGUGAUUGUAAACUAAACACCAAGGUACCUGUUGUCUUAAAAUGUAAAGGAACACAAUUCAUAUUCACUUGGGAGUAGCAGAAUUUUCUUAUACAUUUCUUAAAAUGCUAUUUCCAUGACUUGUUAAUAUAUAUAUUUUAUAAAUUAUUAAUUAGGCUCAAAUGUCUUGAUUUUAUUUAAUGCAGUGGCAUCUAUUAAUUUUGUGGCCAGUAAAAUUAAACCAUUGGCUUGAAGCUCUAAAAAAUUACCUUUUUAGAAAUCCUGACCUUACCAAAGAUAUUUGUUCUACCCUUUUCUUUUUAAAAUUUAUUUAUUAUUUUUUAGUUAACAUAUAGUAAAUUGACCUUUGUCAAUUUUGUGUCUAUGUAAUAGAAAUGGUGUGCUGAAAACAUUUGUAACAGACAUCUUUGAGGUCAUCAGAGAGAGGAACACUUCCCAUAUCUAGCUGCUUCUCAUUGCUCGUUUCCUUUUUUGAACAGUAAUGCCCUCUGCUAAAUGAUUUGUUUUUGGUAUACAGCUUCAUGAAUUUUAACACAUGUAUAGAUUCGUACAACCACCACUGUAAUUAGGAUACAAAGCAUUCCAUCACCCCCCAAAUCUCCCUUAUGCUGCCCUUUUGUCGUGAGUUCCUCCUCCUAACUCUAAAGCUUGCCAACAAUUCUCCAUAUCUAUGUUUCUGGAAUGUCAUAAAUGGAAUCUGAUAACGUGCCCUUUUGAGAUGCUUCUUUCACCUAGUAUUAUGCCUUUGAGAUUGAUUCAUCCAUGUUGUGUGUGUCAGUAGUUCAUUCCUUUUUAUUCUGGAUUGUCAAUACAUGUUAAUUUUCUUUUU